AUGGAUGCGCCACCUGCCUUGGCUGUGAGCCAAAGAUUGCCACAGGUAAAGGCAGGCGUCCAAAGAGAUCCAGGCCAGCUGCAAUCCCAUGCUGCCGUACCAUUGCUGCCGGCAAGAAGGCAGCAGCAAGCCGUGUGUUCUGGAACUUGCUUGCGUGGCUUCCUAGCCGCUGCGACGGGCGUGCGUCUGCUGUGGAAGCGCUCCCGCAUGCGCACUGCUUUCACAGUGGCCAGGCGCAGCUCGGGUGUCCAAGGGCCGCCAGAAUCGGAGUCCUCGGGCUUUGUGAACGAGGUGACAGCCCCGGCAAUCCUCGUGCUCAUGGCCAUCCUCUACGGUGGCAACGUUCCCCUCCUCAAAACGGUGGAGCUGGAGGCGCCAAUGGACCUGACUGCCCCCGAGCUGCUCGCGCUGCGCUUUCUUGCAGCAGCGGUGGUGUCCCUGCCGUUCUUCGCGUCGAAUUCCAAACAGGUUCAAAGUCUGGUUGUUCCCUCGACAGAGUUGGCCUUCUGGCUCUUCUUUGGCUACGUGCUGCAAAUCUUGGGCCUCGAGAAGACCUCGGCCUCAACCUGUGCUGUCGCGACGGCUUUAACUGGGCCUUUCGUGCAGAUCCUGGAGUUUGUGGUGGACGGAAAGCAGUUUACACCUCUGGUGGUGCUUUGUUCCGCCGGCACCUUUGCAGGGCUGGCUCUCUUCGUUUUGGCGCCCAGCAUGGUGACACCGGCACCGCCCCUAAGUGGUGCCUUCGAGCGGUUGUUCAACUUCUUCGGCCUCAUCAGCCCCAAAGCUCCGCUCCCUCACGAGGCUCUGCUGAAGGACGUCCCCGGGGAGCUCCUCGCUGUUGCAGGCACCUUCUUCUUUGCAGUGCACGUGUACCGCAGCAACCGGCUCAUCGCACAAGGUGAAGAAGGAGGCUCCAAGGACGGGCCGAAGGGCGAUGACCUGGCCGUGGGACUGGCGGCUGUUCAGCUCGUGGCGGCAGCCCUGAUCUGCAUUGUGGCAAGCACUAUCGACAGUCCCUACACCACUGCUGAGCAGCUUGCCGUCGCGGAGCGACUGUCACCGGGCAUGUGGGCGCAGAUCGUGGCUUGUGGCUUGCUAUGUACAGGAUUGCCGGCCGUGGUCGAGCUCUUUGCCUUCAAGUUUGUGGGACCAGCCAUUGCGUCCUUGAUCUACUGCACCAUUCCGCUGUGGGGAACCCUCCUCUCUGUGCUCUUCCUGGAGGAGAAAUUGGGCCCACAGGCCAUCCUCGCUUCCGUGCUCAUUUUGGUCAGCUCGCUGGGCCCCAGCAUCUACGACAUCAUGAAGCCGGAAAAGGAGGACGCGUGA